CAGCCUGCCUGGAAGAUGCCGAGAUCUUGCUGCAGCCGCCCAGGGGCCCUGCUGCUGGCCUUGCUGCUUCAGGCCUCCAUGGAAGUGAGUGGCUGGUGCCUGGAGAGCAGCCAGUGUCAGGACCUCACCACGGAAAGUAACCUGCUGGCCUGCAUCCGGACGUGCAAGCCCGCCCUCUCGGCCGAGACGCCCGUGCUCCCCGGCAACGGCGACGAGCAGCCGCUGACCGAGAACCCCCGGAAGUACGUCAUGGGCCACUUCCGCUGGGACCGGUUCGGUCGCCGCAAUGGCAGCGCGGGCCAGAAGCGCGAGGAGGAAGAGGCGGCGGCGGGCGAAGGCGGCCCCGGACCCCGCGGCGACGGCGGGGAGCUGGGCCCGCGCGAGGGCAAGCGCUCCUACUCCAUGGAGCACUUCCGCUGGGGCAAGCCCGUGGGCAAGAAGCGACGCCCCGUGAAGGUGUACCCCAACGGCGCCGAGGACCAGUCUGCCGAGACCUUCCCCCUCGAGUUCAAGAGGGAGCUGGCCGGGGAGCGGCCGGAGCCGGGGCUCGGCCCCGAGGGCCCUGCCGACGGCGCCGCGGCCCUGGUCGAUCUGGAGUACGGCCUGGCGGCAGAGGCCGAGGUGGCCGAGAAGAAGGACGAAGGGCCCUAUAAGAUGGAGCACUUCCGCUGGGGCAGCCCGCCCAAGGACAAGCGCUACGGCGGCUUCAUGACCUCGGAGAAGAGCCAGACGCCUCUGGUGACGCUGUUCAAAAACGCCAUCAUCAAGAACGCCCACAAGAAGGGCCAGUGACCCCAAGGCCCCCUUCCCCUCCCCUCUGCUGCCUCCCAGCCUGGGUGUGCUACUCACUCAGGCAGUGGUAGCCCCAGGUAGUCAGCCUCUUAAAGCUGUCGGUAGUUAGGAAAUAAAACCUUUCAAGUUUCA